GACCGUCGAAUGAUGGGCAAUUGGGUGAUAUCAGUUAGAAAAGUGUGAAAAUUGACUUGUUUCCAAUUCUUUUGUGUCUGCUCUGGUGACAAAUCUUUUUUGGCACAAUCAUGUGAGUCAACAGAGUCGUGUUUUAAUUAUCUUAUCGGAUGUAAUAAUAUAUCCGUUAAUGGAAUAAAGAGCUGGACGUCAGGGUGUGUGCUGCGGUACGGAGAGCUUGCUGAUUCUUGGAUCGAGCAAAGGGAGUUUUUGUUUGUUUGGGAUACAUCUUGAGGCUGUUCGGGAGAGCGAGAUGGCUCCUGUUUUAAGAGUCAGCCUGGAGCCAGCAGUCUGCCAGAAGUUAAGGACCGACUCUUUGACCUCCCUCCCCCCCUAUCAGUCCGUUCUCCUGUCCGAACGUGCGGGCCGAUCUUCCCCCCUCUUGUUGAUCAGCAUGACAAAGCACUGGCCGGAGCAGAGCCUCUUGGCAGUACCCACUCUGUCCCACCUCGGAGAACACCACGACCAUCAACUUGACUUCCACAGAGAUGCGCAGCGGAGUUUACCCCUCCGCGGUGUAGCGCGGAGCACUCAAGCCCAGCAUUGGCUUCACCACCCGGCUCAGAUGGUUCCCCAGCAGCCUUCGCGUCACGAGAAGCCCGCAGCGCGCCACGAACACCUCACCACCGGCACCAGCGCGCCCGCACCCAUGGAUCAAGACGCAUCGUGCCGGAAUCCUCAAGAUGCCCCGCACAAACAGGAAAGUAUCGCCGGGGACUCGUGGAGUAGCGGACGGGAGAAUAGUGGCACCGGCGCCGGGAAGAAAAAGAACUAUCAGCGGUAUCCAAAACCACCGUACUCAUACCUCGCUAUGAUCGCCAUGGUCAUCCAGAGAUCACCAGAGAAGAAACUGACACUAUCGGAGAUCCUCAAGGAGAUCAGCACCCUCUUCCCAUUCUUCAAAGGAAACUACAAGGGCUGGCGAGAUUCUGUGCGACACAACCUCUCCUCCUAUGACUGCUUUGUGAAGGUGCUGAAGGACCCGGGCAAACCUCAGGGCAAAGGCAACUUCUGGGCGGUGGAGCUGAGCCGUGUUCCUCUGGAGCUCCUCAAGAGGCAAAACACGGCCGUGUCGCGCCAGGAUGAGACGAUCUUCGCCCAGGAUCUGGCGCCCUACAUCCUGCAGGGACACAAGGCAGAAUCGGAGCCGCCCCCAGCCCCCGCCCCCGUCACCACCCUCCCACCUAUGCACUCCAGAAACCCAUCCCCACCACAAGAGGAUUUGUUCCGACCCAAGCUGGAUUCAUCCUUUGCCAUCGACUCUCUGCUGCACAGCCUGCGGCCGCCCAGUGCCUCUGGGGACGUGGAGGUGUCCACCAGGGACUGCUGGGGGAAGGUGGAGCGCCCGCGAUCUUCACCGCCUCCACGACCUCGCUACGCCUCCUCUGCUCGAAGUGCCUCGGCUAGCUCUGCCAGCCCAGCCUCCACCUCCUCCUCUGAUGAGGAGUGGAAGGGGAUGUCACUGUCUGGGAAGCGUGUUCCUUUCGAUGGCGAGGCCGGUUCAGACGGGUACGACGACUACAGACCGCCGCUGCACAAAUCGGCCCGACGGGAGACUGUUGCACCUCCCUGGGAGCUCCCCACCUCCUACGCCAAAUACGCCCCGCCAAACGCCGUCGCCCCGCCCAGCAUGCGGUUCAACGGAGGUCCUCUAAUGCCUCUGCACGGCGGACUUCCUCUUUACGGCUAUGGCAGCUCUCCUGUAGCACCGGGUCACUUCUUAGGCCACGCCUACUGGCCCAUCCUCCCCAGCGGGCGAGUCUCCGUCCAAGCAUCUCCCCUCAUCAUGGACCUGGACAACAUGUUGCAGUCUGUGCCUCCCAAUAAGAGCGUGUUUGACGCGUUAGUGCCGACCAAUCAGAACUCUCACUCACAUCAUCAACCACCCAGUCAGUACGGCCUGCAGAACGGGCCUCCUUUAAACAGGUACCCUCAGUACUGACUGACAGUGACUCCUUUUAAACAGACUGAGAUACACUCAGAAAUGCAAAGAUGCUAAAAACUAUGACGCAGGAUGGGAGGUUUAAUGAAGAUCCACAAAGGAAACACAUUUCUGCAGCAAAUUCUCCUAAAUUAAAUCUCAAUCGCUACCACCAGUUCAACAAAGGUGAACUGUUUAAAGGGACGGUGCACAUGCAUAUUUCUCUCCUCCGCUGCAGUGCUUUUUAUCCAUCUAGAUUGUUUUGGUGUGCGUUGCAGAGUUUUGGAGGAUAUCAGCCUUUGUAACAUUUAGCUAGCCCUCUUGUCCAUGAGUAGAUGCACACUUGACUACAUGGUUUCAUUGGAGAAAACGUACCUCCAACAGCUAUACAGCAAAACAAGUAUCUACCUCAGUCCUCCAAUGACAUGGAGUGUGUAUUACUAGAGGCUCUUUCCACCUCCGAUCACAUUUGCACUGCUUUGUUUUUAUAUUAUCCCCAUGAAUUUGUUGUCUACCUGUUGUGACCGCUGAAUGUUUUGUCGGAUUUAAUCUUGGAUUUUACAGUCGUAUUAAAACAGAGCAGGGCUUUAGAUGGUACAAACAGUAAAAAUCAAGCUAGAUUUAUCCUUAUUUUUUUUUUAUAAUAAGCCUGUUAAACAGAAAAUACAAUAUUCAUAAACAACCAGCACAAUUUCAGGGAAACAUCCAUUGUGGUGUUGUUGUUGUUGUUGUUGUUUGUUCUGACAAUGAAAUACAGGACCAGUUGUUUACCAUAAUGAUUUUCCUAUAAUUGGCUUUUUCAUUUUAGUGUUUACUGAUUUAAAAAAAUAAUGCUUUUGGUGAAGAAAAACAAGCUACAGUUUAGAUUACAGUCGAUCUGUGGAGAUGCUGCACGUUCUCAGGACACUGGAGACAAUCAACCACUGUACAACAAAUCUGCCUCAGGGUUUUUUUAAACGUUUCCUGUGGACCUUGCACUGCCGGUUACUUGCACUAUUUUGAUGUCCAUAGGAUCAUAUUCUAAAGGGAAAUUGCUUAUAAAUGUCUUGCCUCAGUGGCGAGUGAAUGUUUGGUUAGUAUUUUUUUUAAACCAUUUUCCUGUCCGGUCUUUGUCAAAAGUUUGUACAGAAAUGAGCUGAAGUGAAAGCAGCUCAGAUGUUUAAGUAUCAAAAAGAAGGUUAUGGAGUUGAACAGGGUAUGUAAUAAAGUGCUGUGUAUUUUAA